AUGUCCGCGAUCCAAAACCUUCAAGUUUACGAUCCUUUCGCUGAUACCGGUGAAGACGACGCUGGACCUCAAGGGUAUAUUCAUAUUCGUAUACAACAGAGAAACGGUAGAAAGACUUUGACUACUGUACAAGGUCUUCCAGUUGAAUAUGAUCAGAAAAAAUUGUUAAAAGCGUUUAAAAAGGAAUUUGCUUGUAAUGGUACUCUUGUACAAGAUGAAGAACUCGGUCAAGUGAUUCAACUUCAAGGGGACCAACGAAUUAAAGUUCAAAACUUUCUCGCAGAAGAAGGGAUCGAUAAAAAGAUUAUUAAGAUCCACG